AUGGCCUCCACGAUGACAGUGCGCGACAUUGUCGCCAAUGAAUCCUUAUUGCCAGUGCUACACACCAGCGCCGAAGCGCACGCCGAAUGCCAAAAGCUGCUCGCUCUCGUCGAACCUCCAUCCCAGCAAGAAGAUCAGGCGGCGACGGCGGCGGCCGUGUCCAGACAGCAAAAGACACUUUUCGCAUUGCUCGCUCAGCUGCGCGGUCUGAAUCGCGAUGCCAUCUUGCAAGUGCGCGAUACGAAGCAGUCGACUGCAGAGGCCCGGCAGGAGGUUGAUCGACUGCAUCUGCAGUUGCAGAAUCUGUAUUAUGAGCAGAAACACCUGAUGGGCGAGAUUGCCGCGUGCGAGUCUUAUGACCACAAAUAUCUAUCUCUCCCUCUCAUCCCUGUCGAACAAUACCUGGAACAAUUCCCCGAACACGCCGACCAAGACGAGCACGAGCUGAUGAUCUCGCGCAUCAACCACGAACACGCCGAGCGCGAGAAACUAGAACAGGCGAGGCAGGAGCUCUUGAAGCGAAAGCAGGCCCUAAUUGCCGAGAACAAGAAGCGCAAGGACGACCUGGCCAAUCUCGACCAAGAUUUGGAGCGGUUUGUUGAUGCUGCAAAACCUAUUCAAAAGAUCUUUGAAAAAGAGUAUUAA